AAAGGUUGAAUACGGUGGGCAACAAUAAAAAUAGUUACUAAGAAUUGUAUAACUUGACUACAGCCACAGUGUGCAGCAGAUCAGGCCUUCUGGAGUGUUCACAAGGUCUGCAAAAAGAUGGCUAGCUUGAUACAAAGACUAGUUAAAGCUUCAGAAGUAGCCCCGUUGCUGAAGCUGAGCACAAGACCAGUCAGUACAUCAGUUCUAAGACAUGCCGAUCAGCAACCUGAGCGUUCGUAUGGUGGACUGAGAGAUGAGGACCGAAUCUUCACUAACCUAUAUGGCAGACACGACUGGAAACUCAAGGCAGCCAUGAGUAGAGGUGACUGGUACAAGACAAAGGAGAUCAUGCUGAAAGGUCAUGAGUGGAUUCUAGAGGAGGUCAAGAAGUCCGGACUGAGGGGGCGUGGUGGGGCGGGAUUUCCCACAGGCAUGAAGUGGGGGUUCAUGAAUAAGCCCUCUGAUGGAAGACCUCGCUACCUGGUGGUGAAUGCUGACGAGGGAGAGCCGGGCACUUGCAAGGACCGGGAGAUCAUGAGACACGACCCUCACAAGUUGGUGGAGGGCUGUCUGGUGGCAGGGAAAUCCAUGGGAGCCAGGGCAGCUUAUAUCUACAUUCGCGGGGAGUUUUAUAACGAAGCUAGCAACAUGCAGGUGGCCAUACAGGAGGCGUAUGAGGCCGGGCUCAUUGGCAAGAAUGCUUGCGGCUCUGGCUACGACUUUGAUGUGUACAUGCACAGAGGAGCAGGCGCCUAUAUCUGCGGAGAGGAAACGGCGCUCAUUGAGAGUCUGGAGGGCAAACAGGGGAAACCUCGUCUCAAGCCACCAUUCCCGGCUGAUGUGGGUGUGUUUGGAUGUCCCACCACUGUGGCAAACGUGGAGACAGUCGCUGUGGCUCCUGCCAUCUGUCGUCGUGGUGGUGACUGGUUUGCCUCGUUUGGUCGUGAACGUAACUCUGGUACUAAACUGUUCUGUAUCAGUGGUCACGUGAAUGCCCCGUGUACUGUGGAGGAGGAGAUGAGCAUACCACUCAAGGAGCUCAUAGAGAAGCACGCUGGCGGGGUCAGAGGUGGAUGGGAUAAUCUCCAGGCCAUCAUUCCAGGGGGAUCCUCAGUUCCCCUCCUGCCUAAGGACAUCUGUGAUGAUGUGCUGAUGGACUUUGAUGCUCUGGUGGCCGUUAAGAGUGGUCUAGGCACAGCUGCAGUCAUUGUCAUGGACAAGAGUGCCGAUGUGGUUGAGUGUAUCGCACGACUCAUGCUGUUCUACAAGCACGAGAGCUGUGGGCAGUGUACACCAUGCCGUGAGGGAACAGGGUGGUUGAACACUAUCAUGUACAGAUUUGUUGAGGGAAAUGCCAAGCCUGAGGAAAUCGACAUGAUUUGGGAGCUGAGUAAGCAGAUUGAAGGCCACACCAUUUGUGCCCUUGGAGACGGAGCUGCUUGGCCAGUACAGGGCCUUGUACGUCACUUCAGACCAGAGCUAGAAGCAAGAAUGGCAAAGUAUCAUGCUCAGAAAGCUCAAGCAACCUCAGCGUAGAGCCAGAAACAUUACUCUGCAGUUUUUGUGUAUAGACUAUUACCAGUACUAUAUCUAUGAUGUAAUGCACAUGCUUAGUUUAUUAUUGGUUUGUGCACUAUGUGUGUGUAUGUUUUCUGUGCAAUUUAUGCCUCGUUGGCAUUGUUAAUAACAUUCCGAGAAAAUUAUUACGUGACAAAG